UCCAGAAAAUAUUAAUGAAACCCUCUUUUGGGGGGGUAAAACAUUGGACGUUCAGCUCGGCGGUGCGAAUGCGAUGCGGAAGCGGUGCGAAAAAGAGCGUGUGCGGAAGCGGUGCGGUGCGAAAAGAGCGCGUGCGAAAAGAGCAAAGAGCGCGUGCGCAUCUGCUUGCUCGUUGCGGUAGAUAUGGACGGACGGGCAGGCUGGUAUACCGGUAUGGGGAGUACUCUACGCGGUGUAGGUACUUGGCUACCUCUAUCUAUCUAUCGUAUAUCUUUAUGUACACGCUGAAGAUUCGCGCAAGGGAGGGAGCUGGGAAGAGCUGGGAGGAAGGGAUGGAGAGCUGGGAGACGUGGAGAGUCGAGACGUCCGCCGUUGACCUGGCCGAACUGACCACCGCCGCCGACGACGAUCCGGUUGGUUAUCCAACUACCUAUCCAACUAUCUACAUAUCUACAUAUCUACACAGGUACUGGAAGGAUGUCGUGCUCGCUAGGACAGUUCUUCGCGUCUAUCUUUCCAGGUAGUAGAUAUACUAGUAGCUAUACCAGGUAGCAGAUACGAGCGAGUUAUGUCAGUUAUGUAAGUACAAACAUCACCCAUCCAAGGGAAGUUAGGAAGUUGGGAACAAGGACUGUAGCCCCGUAGCCCCGCAAGGCGAACUGAGGCCUCACGGACUCAGGCUAUACUAGAGCAUGUAGCUAGGUGGCCUCAGCAGGUAGUCCUCAGGCCGGCACUGGGCAGGUAGGCAGGCAGGCAGGAAACACCGGCACGUAUGUAUGUACGCCCAGCUGGCGCUUGUGAUCCCCCCGCGUGCAAUCGGGGUGGUGUCAUGUAUGAUGUAUAUACCUGGAGUAUCAUCGGCCCGUGAUGUGGUGGGUAUUGUACAAUACGGGUCAUUCGGUGCCCGGACGGACGGUUUUUCCAUCCAGGCGGACGGGCGGUCGUUUGUCUGCUGGUCUGGUCCGACGUCGGAGGAUUGAUAUGAGUACUAGAGGGUAGAGUACUCGUGCUGCCGCAAACUGGUAACUGGUAACUGGUAUCUGAUCGAUUGUCUCAGGCGUCGUCCUGGUGAUGGUGAGGGUGAUAUCCGGUUGAUGGUCGAACUACCUGUAGAUACCUGUAGGUAGUGGAGCGUGUAGUGGGGUAUGGCGCUUCCACUCCUCUCCACUCCAGGGUGUGUAGAUGCCUGUUCUUCCUGGUAUCAUAUGAUGAUACAUUCAGCCCGUCCGUAGGUACUCGAGUAGGUACGAGUAGUCCUCCCAUGUCGUUGUCGUCCAG